AUGACCUCCUUAUUCUUGACUCCCUCCGAAGAUCCACCUCAUGUCGAACCAAUAAAUGGUGCAGCUUACCUCACGAAAUUACAUAAAUACCUACAAGUCAAUUCCAGUCGAUUAUCUCCCUUUGGUCCAUCUCGUAGUACACCUACUAUCCUCCAGCAAUCUUACACACUUCUCACUCUUGGUUUAGAUCCUAGCUCUGCACCAUUAUCCAGAUUUCUCAAAGUACCACUCACACUAGGUUUCGGUCAGCCUUCGACCUCCAAGAGGAGGAUACCUCCCAGAUCGCCUAAACCACUUUUACUUCGCCUGCCGCCCGAUAGAUUGCUAUAUCUCUUACUGAGAUGGCAGUCCCUCCCACAGUCUCUGAAUCAUGUAGGAAGGACCGAUGUACCCAUAGAAGAAGGUGUACCUGUCGCAGCGCGCGGAGCGAGGAUAGACGACCGGAAAUUAGAAGGUGAUGUGAAGAGCGUAAGGAGUUGGGUAGGAAGUAUGAGAAGUGUUAGUAUGGGUAGCUUGAUGAGUAGUCAAAGUACUAGAGGAUGGUUCGGAAAGAAGGAAGAGAUAAAUGAAGACCAGAUACUGCUACAGCUUUAUUCGAUGUUCACCAUUCUGCCUGCUCUACUCAUACAUCCUCCGUUUGUAUCUGAUCCACCGAUACUGGAAUUGAUAGAAGCUGGAGGGUAUACUCAGCUAGGAGGAAUAGAUGUGAGGGUCCCGUUGGAUGUGAUGCGAAAUCUGCAGAUACUGGAGCUUGAAUCAUACGAUCCAAGAGCUCUGCUUAUACCUCCCGGUCCUGGUAUGAGGAGCUUGACGGUCAGAGAUGUGCAAGAUGGAGAUGAUUGGAUAGAAGAACUAUUGGCUGUGACUUCCCGAAACGUUGCAAGUGAAGAUACAACUGUCAAAGCUCGUUUCCCAAAUUUACAACAUCUAUCCUUGAUAUCCACUACCUUACUCAACUUUCCUCAACUCCCUCUCACAUCUCUUACACACUUGGACCUGUCAAACAACCUGCUCGAUACCCUCCCGGCAUCUUUAUCAGGACUCACGUCCCUCACUUCUCUCAACCUCUCCAAUAACGUCAUUGUCUCUCUACGAUCAGCAUCAUCCAUAAUACCUCAGGUGGUAUCGUUGAACUUGUCUGGAAAUAGGAUAGAUUGCUUAGUGGGAUUAGACCAGUGUGAUUCUUUGAGGCGCAUUGAUAUCAGAAGAAACGAAUUGAUGGAUGUCGGUGAAGUAGGAAGAUUAUCAGUCUUACCUUCCAUAAAAGAAAUUUGGUGUGUCGGAAACCCAUUUGACGUCACGGGAUAUGAAGAUGAAUGGCGUAUAGAACUGGGUAUAGCAUUCAGAGAAGAAGGUAAGAUGGUGGUACUGGACGAUAAGGAAUUCAAUUGGUCGGAGAAUAGAAAGAUCGAUAUGGCUUUGGAGAAAACAGGGAAACUACAUCAACAUGAUCGUUCGGCAUCUCUGUCCCGUUCACGAGAUCAUUCGCAUUCUCAUGAUCGACAAACAUCUUCAUCUUCUGCUGCAAAUGCAUCUGAAGAUCUCCCGCCGAGUAGGUAUAAUUCGAUAAAUUCGAAUUAUCAAUAUCAACAGAGAUUAUCUACCCAAGCGCCAGCUCAGACACCCAACAGUAUGAAAUCACCUUCAUCGUCUGCUGCUGCGAUAGCGAAGAAGAAAUCGAAGAGAAGAGUUAUCAAUCUUGAUGCUGAUGUGGAUACAGAUGCGGAUGGGGGUGAUGAGGGGAAGAGAACCCUGGAAGAUAGUUUGAGAGUCCCGGGAAAAGUGAUUGAAGAGGAUGAGGAUGAGGUGGAAGAUGGUAAACAAGAUACUGACGUCAAUGACAAACUGAUAGAUGAGAAUGGACAUGGGAUCAAUAAUGGGAAUGGCGAUGGAGGGUCAGCUACAAAUAAGGACAGAAAUAUAGUUGAGGAUCAGGAACAAAGUCGACAAAGUAUAAAGGUCGUUUCUUCCAAGAGGAAAAACCAUAGGAAAGGAUUGAAGAAAGAUACUUUUGAUCCCAUUCCUUGA